AUGGCGCAGCAACGUGCAGGCCGGGGUGGCUCGAAAGGGCGCUUAUCACUGCGAGACACUGCGCCGAAACAGGCGCCGAAACAGGCGCCGAAACAAAAACAGAAGAAGCUACCGAUGAAACGUUCCGCGCAGCGUAUGGAAGAUGAAGAAGACGAUGAAGACGAAGAAGACGGAGAAGACGGAGAAGAAUCGUCAGAAGCCAGCGACGAAGAGCUCGAUACGGACGAAGAAAUCAAGGCGCAGAGCAAGCCGCACAGUAAAAAGACACUGAAGCGCAAGCGCCGCGCUGUAUCUCCUACAGCAUUUGGUGAGGCCAUAAAGGAGCUGCUUGGCAAUGACGCGUCUGACGCUGAGGCAAAACGUGCCGAACCGGCACAAAGUGCGAUUUUAUCGCUUGCUCCUAGUGUACGCCGCACAGCGAAUGCAACGACGCUGCGUGCAAAAGCUGCACGUCUUGCUCUGGAGAAGCGACGCGAGCGGGAAGAACUUGCGCACGUCCGUGACGUUAUCGGUGAUUGGGGUCCGCCGGGUGUGCCACCGAAAGAUAUCAAAGCUGGACUCCCGAAUACACCGCAGCUUGAUGCAUGGAUGGAACAGGGAGGAGCAAAAGGCUAUGAGCGCCGGCUCCGCAAGGCUGCACAGCGUGGUGUAGUUAAAUUAUUCAACGCCAUUCGUGCAGCGCAGCAGACGAGUGUAGACGAAGUCGACGAGGCACGGCAAAAAAGGCCAAAAGGCUCGACCGCGAAUGCACUUGGAAGCGCAGAGGCUGCGGUAACCAAACUCAGCAAAAGCAACUUUUUGGACCUACUCCGCAAUGCGCCGCAGGGCACGACAAGUGCACCGAGCAAAUGA